GUAAACGUCAAGCUUCCAAAACAAGCCAUCGAGAAGAAAUAGGAAAAUAAGCGUUUGCUCUUCACUGCGGAACAUUUACGGUAAAAUUACACGCAAAUGGACGUGGAAGAGGCCGUGCAAUCUAUUUGCGACUCUACGGCUUCACUCACAGAAGGAUGUCGACUACCGGUCCGGAUGACCGGCACCAAUGAUUGGCCACUAGCGGAAAUCAUAAGUAUCAAGGAAGCACAGGAAAAAAUGGUUUGGUAUUACGUUCAUUAUGUGGAUUUUAACAAACGUUUGGAUGAAUGGGUCACAGAGGAAUACUUGGACACACGAAAAGUACAAUUCCCUCGGAAAGAUGGUCUAGCGACAGGACAGAAUACGGGUGUUACCACGCCGAAGCGACUACCUAUGAUAGGCGAACGAUCGCGUCCUGCGAGUCCCAUCCAGUCACCAGAUAUCCUCAAUGGCAGUGCCGUAUUGGCCGCUGCGCUGCAGAAAAAGAUUAACCGGAAGCGAAAAGCCGUUUCGACUGAAAAUGAAGAUUCCCAGGAGGUUCCUUCGACGCCAACACCGCGGCAAUCCGGAAGUAUGGUUACUCAUCACGAUGACGUUGUGACACGAAUGAAAAACGUACAGCUGAUAGAGCUCGGACGACAUCGCAUCAAGCCGUGGUAUUUCGCACCAUACCCGCAAGAGCUUUGCACGAUGCCCUGCAUUUAUAUUUGCGAGUUUUGUCUGAAAUAUCGCAAGAGUCGAAAAUGUUUGGAGCGUCAUAUAAAAAAAUGCAACCUGCGGCAUCCGCCAGGUAACGAAAUCUAUCGAAAAAACACUAUUAGUUUUUUCGAGAUUGACGGACGAAAGAACAAAAGCUACGCGCAGAAUUUAUGUCUGCUAGCAAAACUGUUCCUGGACCACAAGACGCUUUACUACGAUACGGAUCCGUUUCUGUUCUAUGUCAUGACCGAAUUUGACUCACGGGGCUUCCACAUCGUAGGAUAUUUCUCAAAAGAAAAGGAAAGCACAGAGGAUUACAACGUAGCGUGUAUUCUGACAAUGCCACCGUACCAACGGAAAGGUUACGGCAAGCUGUUGAUUGAGUUCAGCUAUGAACUGUCGAAGUUCGAAGGAAAAACGGGUUCUCCGGAAAAGCCUCUGUCGGAUCUGGGGUUACUGUCCUACCGAAGCUACUGGGCGCAGACUAUACUAGAAAUCCUAAUCCUGGCGAAACCAACAGCGGACAACGAAAAGCCACAAAUUACCAUCAAUGAAAUUUGCGAGUUGACCAGCAUCAAAAAAGAGGACGUCAUCUCGACGCUGCAGAUACUAAACCUAAUCAAUUACUACAAGGGUCAGUACAUCAUCUGUAUCAACAAGGAGACAAUCGAUCAGCACCGGAAGGCGAUGGAGAAGCACAAGAUACGGAUCGAUUCCAAGUGUCUCCACUGGACGCCGAAGGACUGGUCCAAGCGAUCCAAGUGGUAAUAAGUAAGUACAUACACGAACCAAAUUCAUUGUGUCAAUGAUUAUCCGCGUGCGAAUCAACCAGCUUUGGGGUAAAUUAUAUAUUAUAAAGAUAAAUGUGCAAAACCGGCAGCAUGCGAGUGGUGUCAGCUAGCUAAUGAAAAACGAACUGCGGGGGGGCUGUGCUUUGUGUUUAGUAUUAGAAAUAUGUGUUCUAUUUCUCGACUUAUUUCGAAGCAGGUUUGAAACGAAACAAUACCACCCAGGAUUGUGUUGACCUUUCGAAUCGGAUAACCAGACUUCCCUGUGAAGCUACUCAUAGCGUUUAGGAUCUAUCCUUACGUCUGCAUAGAUUCCGAUCAAGAUUGUAUUAAACUAGGUAAUACAUAGCACACCAAUAAA